GAAGAGCUGGUUAUAGAACCCGAGACUUUACUUUCCACAACUGGGCGACGAAACAAUGCGUUUUACUUAAUGCAAUGUUGACGUUUGCCGAGCAGCGAGUCGAAGCCAGAAAAAUACCUACCACGCUAUCGCACCCGUCGACGUCCGCUCCCCUGGCCAACAAAAGUCGCACGACCUCCUCGUGUCCGUCCGCUGCGGCGGUCUGCAACGGAGCGCAGCCGUCUCCGUCUGGCGCGUCUGCUUCUCCGGGCGCCGCCACUGCCAGCAGGAGUCGCACCACGGUGGCGCGACCCGCGGCCGCCGCCAAGUGA